CCUUGAGCUAGUUUGCACGUCGCACCGCCCAGUAGAACGAACCUGCGACAUUGUAUCGAAAAAGUGAUCAUUUUCACAGAUGUGCAUUGAAUGUGACACACAAACAGUUAACCGGACACAACACCGGCGGAGACUGCUGGCCUGCAGUCGUGACAGGAGCUUUUUGUACCUCUCAGGGCUGAACAAUGGCAAGCCCCGGUGUUUACCACGUCAACACUCCGCUCCUGGAGAGCAUAGACAUGUCCAGGAGAGCUGGUACUGCAGUCUACCUAAAGAUGGAAAAUUCCCAACCCUCCGGAUCGUUCAAGAUUCGUGGUAUCGGUCACCUAUGUCAGAAGUUAGCAGGACCAGGAUCUAAAGGAGUGGUCUGUUCUUCAGGUGGCAAUGCUGGCAUGGCGACUGCGUAUGUGGCUAGAAAACUCAAUAUCCCAGCAAUCAUCAUUGUUCCCUCCUCCUCACCGGAGUUGGUUGUGCAGAAGCUAAGGGACCAGGGAGCCACUGUGAGGGUGGUGGGCAAGGUGUGGGAUGAUGCCAACACGGAAGCCAUGCGUCUGACCCAGACAGAUGGGCUCACCUACGUGCCUCCGUUCGACAACCCUCUGCUUUGGCAGGGCCAUGCCAGUGUUAUCCGGGAGAUCUGGGCCUGCCUGCCAGUGAAGCCUGGGGCUGUAGUAGUGUCUGUGGGUGGAGGGGGCCUCCUCUGUGGGGUGGUGGAGGGGAUGAGGGAGGUGGGCUGGGGCUCUGUGCCCAUCCUCGCUAUGGAGACAGAGGGAGCUCACUGUUUCAAUGCAGCAGUGAAGACUGGGAGGAUUGUUACCCUGCCUGACAUCACCAGCGAGGCUAAGUGUUUAGGAGCUAAGACUGUGUGUCAGCGGGCGUUUGAUUAUAGCCAAGAGGAGAACUGCCCCAUCAUCUCAGAGCUGGUGUCAGACAAGCAGGCCCUGGAGGCUGUGGAGACCUUCCUGGAUGAGGAGCGUGUUUUGGUUGAGCUGGCGUGCGGAGCGUCGUUGGCGGCGGUUUAUAGCGGGCUUAUCCAGAAGCUGCAGGAUGAAGGUCGCCUGCCUCGCCCUCUUGGCCCCCUGGUGGUCAUCGUGUGCGGUGGCAGCAGCGUCAACAUGUCCCAGAUGCAGCACCUCAAAAAGAUCCUGCACACUUGAGCUCUGAAUGGAUGGGUUCAGUUCCAACACCUACUGUAGACCACAUACCGCUGACACCAAGUGGAAACACCUAGAGCCUUUACACCAGCCUUUUUCACAUACAACACCUAGAGCCUUAACUACUUCCACAUUCACAUACUUCUCAAAUUCUAACCCUUAACCUGGACUCGGUACACUUCUACUUCCUUGCAAGAACAAUGUAACCCUUGACCCUGACCUAGAAAUGCCAAUAGUUGACCCUUGGCUCUGGCACCAUGUGGGAUUAGCUUCUCGGUUGUCCAAGACACAUUCCUUUUAACUUUGUGUGGAAAUAAAAUUCUGUGAAAAUU